UAGUUAUUUGUGGUAACAACUGUGGGGGUAGAAGCAUUUUAUUGAUUAAAAUUUGAGGGUAGGGUACUCUGAUCAUAUGUGACCAAUUGUGAAUUAUAUCCGAUUGCCUCAGUUCAAUCUUAGCUAUGUUCUUGUAUACAACUAUUCUGAUUUUAAUCUUUAAUUCCGAUAUGUCGAACUCACGUUACGUUGAAUUGAAUGAAAAUGAAGAGCAAUUACAUAGAACUGCAUAUGAUACACCCCCGUACCAUGAUGAUUGCGAUGAUGAAGACUUACACACUGGGAAUCUAGGCUUGGUUAAUGACGGCAUUUGGGCUUUGAAAGCAAAAUUCAAAGAAUUAAAGGCAUUUAACAAAGCCCUAGUGGCGAAUUUGCUUACCACGAAACUUAAACUGAAGGAAUUGUUUGUGAAUAAAAUACUUGAAAAAAAAGAAAAAUUGGAAGCGUUUAAAACGGACAAACAUAUUAAAUAUCAGUUGCAAGAUCCGCCAUAUUCACAGUACCCUGCAAUACCUCAUGGUUACGACCCAUACAUUGGAAUGUAAGAUUAUAUAGUCAAGUAUUUUGCGCAGGACGCUUUUAUAAAAAAAAGUAUUUGGCAAAAGAUUUACGUAAUUUUCUAAUAUUGUAAAAUGUUUUAAAUAUCUUUUAAAUUAUUAAAUGUGUAUAUUUUAAACGAAAUAAAAAUUAUGAAAUGGU